CUAUCCCGUUUCCACCGUCAGCUUUGGAUCAAUUUUGGACUCCGGCGAGCGUCCCAAGCGAACGUUAACUUCAGUGUGCGCCGACCAGUUUCCGUAGACGGCCACAAAAAAUUGUAAACCAAAUAACCAAAAACAAAAAUUCAAAAGUCCAAACGGUUACACAGAUCGCUGCUGUACGGAUACUCCCGAAAUCCCAUUCAGAAUCCCAUUCAGUGCAGUGACAAAAGUGACGUCAAGGGAGAGCUCCAAAGUGCAAUCCAGUCCCCGUCCAGCAGCAGCUCCGCGUCAAGCUCUCACUCUCUGUCUUAACAGCCGUUUUCGUAAUCGAAUCGUGCAAAAAAAAGCAUAAAAAAAGUGAAUCUGCUUUUAAAGUUAUCUUCGACUCCAUCUCGCUCGCACCCAGCUUUUGAUUUUUGCGUCUGUUUCACUGCCGUCGUCGUCGUCGUCACUCUCACCGCCGCUGUCGCUGUUGAAGUCGCGGUUUAUAUUGUUUAUGUUUUUUUGUGUUCUGAGCUGCUGCCCUGCUUGCUUGUCCCGCCCCAGCCUCCUGCCCGCUCAGAAGGUUGAGAAGCAAUAAUAAAAGCAAUACAAGCACAAUGAAACGAAAUUGAGUGAAAAAUGAAUUUCGCUUACAGAAAAGCAACAAAAUAAAAUAAGUUAACAAGAAAAAAUCCGCUGGCGAGCGAAUUUCACGCCGUAUUUAAUCUUUCCCACUGACCGCCUCCAGCUUAAUCGCUGCUCGUCUUUCUUUCCGUUCCGUUCGCGUUCGCGUGUGUUCUGUGCUCCGGCGUUGGGUCCAGCUUCAGCUACGGCCACGGUUCUGUUCCGACUUUAAAUUCGAUACGCUUCCGCUGCUGUCUUCUGUCUAUCGUCGCGCGUUUAUCCUAUCUAGAAAAGCACACGGAGCAGAGAUUAGAGAUUAGAGAAAUUUCAACCCUAUUCGAAUUUAACAAGAAGGAUCUGUACCACCACCACUGCCAUUUCUUUGGAAGAGUUCUUGAGUCAAGUCAAUCAGAUUAUCACAGUGUUUUGUGCCUUUAUAUGAGAGUGCUGCAAAAGCUUGGAAAUUUAAUAAAAAUUAGUUUGGUUCAAAGCUCUGAUUUUGCCUGUAAUACACAAAACAGGAACAAACUUAGUUUAAGAGUUUAAAGGAAACAACGUAGCGCACUCUAAGCGAGCUGCACGUAAAAUGACCUUUACAUUGGGCCUCAUCACAGCGCUACUCCUGGCCAGCACGAUAUGUCAGGCCCUGCCAGAUCUGCACAAGCACAUGUCGUCGGAGCAGCUGCAGUCCGUCUUCCACGUGGACACCCACGACGCUGUGCCCCACUAUGAGGUCGUCCAGCUGCUGCACCACGACAACCACCAGCGGCGGCGGCGCAGCAUCUCCGACAGCCAAAAGGCGGCCACGGCCUCGCACCUUCCGCCCCACCACGUGAAAAAGGAUCUCAGCAAGAACUCCUAUUACAGCGAGAUGAAGCAUCAAGCCAUGUCAUCUGGCGGCAACCAUCUGUCCGGCCUCGACGUCAGCGCCAUUCAGUCCCACAACGUCUCCUUCAGCGCCUUCGGACACCACAUGAACCUCACCCUGCGCGCAACAAAGGGCCUCUUCAAGGAUGCGCCCCACCAGCUGCGGAUGUGGAGCGUGGGUAGCGAGCCCAAUGCCACCCACGGCCUAGACCUGCAGGAGAUUGCCCAGGAGGAGCACCGCAAAGACGAGAUUGGUGAAGUGUUCCAGGAUGAACGGAACAUGGCAGCGAUCUUGAUGCGUCGCCACAUGCAAACGGGCGACUUAAUAAUGGAGGGCAGCAUCGGUCACGACCUGGUGAUUAAGCCCUUGCCGCACGAGCUGAGUCCCAACCAGGAGGAGGCCCACCACAUUGUAUACAAGCGUGAGGCGAGCGCAGCAGAAGAGCAACUGAGUGACUUCGCCUUCAUGGAACCCGAUGAUCUGCUGGCCAGCGAGAAGCUCGAGCGUAUGCAACGGCUCCAACGGCGCAAACGGCGCAGCGCUCCCACCAGCCCCGACUUCGAGGAUCUCAAUGACGAGGACGAGGGCGCCCUGGAUGCGGAGCCCCAGACUGCCGAGUCCCGCACCCGUUCACGGCGCCAGGCGCCGUACAUCAUCUACCCCGAAGUCCUGGUUAUCGUCGACUACGAUGGCUAUCGGCUCCACGGCGGCGAUAAUUUGCAGGUCAAGCGGUACUUCAUCUCAUUCUGGAACGGUGUCGAUCUUCGUUACCGCCUGCUAAAGGGACCCAGAAUACGCAUCAGCAUCGCUGGAAUCAUUAUCUCUCGGGGUCGCGAUGCCACCCCCUAUCUGGAACGUAAUCGAGUGGGACGGGAUGCCAUCGACUCGGCUGCCGCCCUCACCGACAUGGGAAAAUAUCUGUUUCGAGAGCGGCGUCUGCCUGUCUACGAUAUCGCCGUGGCUAUAACUAAACUCGAUAUGUGCCGUCGCACCUCCGCUUAUGGCGAAUGUAAUCGCGGUACCGCAGGCUUUGCUUACGUUGGCGGUGCCUGCGUAGUGAACAAGCGACUGGAGAAGGUGAACAGCGUGGCCAUCAUUGAAGACACCGGCGGUUUCAGCGGCAUCAUUGUGGCAGCCCACGAAGUGGGACACUUACUGGGAGCGGUACAUGACGGCUCGCCGCCACCAAGCUAUCUAGGCGGACCGGGCGCCCAGCGCUGUCGCUGGGAGGACGGUUAUAUUAUGUCCGAUUUGCGUCACACGGAGCGCGGAUUCAGAUGGUCCGCCUGCACGGUCCAGAGCUUUCAUCAUUUCCUCAAUGGAGACACGGCCACCUGCCUGCACAACGCCCCACACGAGGACAGCGCUCUGGGUCGAUCACUGCCAGGCACUUUGCUCUCGUUGGAUGCCCAAUGCCGACGGGAUCGGGGCACGUAUGCCUGCUUCAAGGACGAGCGCGUCUGUGCCCAGUUGUUCUGCUUUGACGCCCAGACGGGAUAUUGCGUGGCCUACAGACCCGCUGCGGAGGGUUCGGCCUGUGGUAACGGCUAUCACUGUUUGGAUGGACGGUGCACUCCUCUGCCCUCCAACAUCAUCCCCGACUAUGGGAACAACUAUCGUUUAGUCUACAAUAAAAUCGACAGCAAAAAAGAUGCAGCCUCUGAGGCAACGGAGGACAUUGAAAGUAGUAGCGAAGAGACGGAGUCGCAAGAAGAUGAGAAGGGUAACGAUAAUGAGGAGGAGCAAGAGCAGGAUGAGGGUACCACUAGUAGCGAGGAGCAGCAGGAUAAUAAUGUCGAGCAAAGCUCAGAUUCCGCUUCCGCUUCAGCAGCCUCUGCUGGUACGACGACAACGACCACAGUGCGACCCCCCAAGACGAAAGCGUUCGGGUACUUGCAUCGAAUUUUGCCGUUGUACAACACUGAGAGGCAAUGGCUUCAGAACGAUGGAGUUCUGGUGAAGACGCGCACCAGCAGUAGUGUCAGCAGCAUAAGCGGUCCCUCGGCUUCCUCUACGACACGAAUACCAAAAACAACAACCACACAAACACCAAAUCUCUUUCAAGUCUACACACAUGAAUUACGCAAACAAAUUGAAUACUAUCUACACAUGCUACAAACACAACAACAUACAACAAAAUUGAAACCAGAACAACAGCCACAACAGACACAAAAGUCAGAACAAUCACAGCAAUCGGUAGUUGAAAUACCUUUGGUACAAAAACAAAUUACAAAUUAUAGUGUAACCAGCAACAGUAACGGAGCAAAACUACAGCAACAACAGAACACCAAGGAAGAGAACCAGAGACAGCAGCAACAGCAACAGCAAUCAGGGCCAACGGAUGAGGAAAAUGAAGCCACUGCCGGCAUUCAGAGCAAUGAAGCGAUUGAGCGGCAAAAACUGGUUAACUGGAAGCUGUUUCCGUUCUAGCGAAACUACAGCAGUGCAGCAGAAGCGGGUAACGCUUGGAAUUGUUAGCGUCAGCGGUUAAUCGCGUCGAAAUUGGAUCAAGUUUUUGCAGUUAAAAUGUGUUUUAGCUAGAAUUUAUUAUUAUUAUUAUUUGUACGAAAAACUAUUGAUUGUUUUUAGAUCUAGCCACAACUAAUUUAAAAUAUUGUCAGUUAUACGCCACUUAAGCAUCAAAGCAAGUGAAUAUUCAUACGAAAAUACGUAUGGAAUUUUGCUCAGUACAUGCAUAUAGUAGUAAUGAUUCGGUAUAAUUUAAUUUAAUGCGAAUUCUUGUAACAUAGUACACACUAUUCUGUAAACUUUUCAUUCGCACACACUUUGGCAGACUUAAAUUAUUCUCUGAGCAAAUCAUCAAACAAGACGAAAAAAAAUAAUUAUAAUCCCACUUUCCAAUGUGAUAAACAUA